AUGAGCCCUUUGGGCCCCGCCAAACCCCACCCUUCCUCAUCUCUCCCCCCCCACCUCUCUCUCCCUUGCUCCCAUCCUCUCUGUAGCUUGGCAAGAGGGAGACUGGAAUUCUUCUCCUCACCUCUAGGGUUUGAAGCCGAACUGGCACGAAGAAGGGAAAAAGGAGCUUCCUUUUGAUACAGGUUGGAGAACUUUUCUAAAGCAACACAAGGAGUAAUACUGCUGGUUUGGCCACUUAUCUGGUUCCAGAAAAGGAAGCAUGGGUUCUCUUUGUGAUUUCUGCAGGGAGCAAAGAUCUAUGGUGUACUGCAGGUCUGAUGCGGCUAGCUUAUGCUUGUCAUGCGACCUCAAUGUUCAUUCUGCAAAUGCACUUUCUAGACGUCACUUUCGCUCUCUUCUAUGCGAUAGAUGCAUUUCGCAACCAGCCAUAGUUAGGUGCAUUGAAGAAAAUGUUUCACUUUGCCAAAACUGUGAUUGGAAUGGGCAUGGUGGUUCGGCUUCAUGUCAUAAAAAGCAGACAAUCAAUGGCUACUCAGGAUGCCCAUCAACAGCGGAACUUUCGAGAAUUUGGUCCUUUGUGCUGGAGUUUCCUCCCAUGGUAGAUUCUAACUGUGAACAGGGGAUGGGCUUGAUGAGCAUCAAUGAUAACAGUGUCAGUAACACAGGCAAGAUGGAUGAUAUGGAAUCUGCCAAUAAGCUCAAUCCUUGGAUUGGUUCAUCUUCAAUAUCUGCAGUGAAUCCUAUGGUAUGCACUGCAGAUCAGCCAGCAGGUUCAGUGGAUUCAACUACUCAUAAGCUAUACUCUACCGGGACAAAGGAUCUUAUCUGCAAGGAUGACUUCUAUGAUGAUUUCAACAUGGAUGAUGUUGACUUGACUUUUGAGAAUUAUGAAGAACUAUUUGGGGCAUCUCAUAGUAAUGCUGAACAGCUUUUUGAUGAUGCAGGAAUUGACAGUUUUUUUGAAUUGAACGAAAUACCAGCUGUCAAUUCCAACUGCCAGGGUGAAUUUGUUGCAGAGGCUGAAUCUAUGCAAGCAGCAUUUAGCAAUGCAGUAUCUGCUGAUUCUGUGAUGUCAAAUCCUGGAAGUAAAGCAGAUCCUAACCCGUAUUUCCCAGCAAGGCAAGCUUGGUCCGGUCUAUCUCUUUCCUUUUCUGGUUUGACUGGUGAAAGCAGUGCUGGAGAUUGUCAAGAUUGUGGGAUGUCAUCGAUGCUUUUUAUGGGUGAGCCACCUUGGUGCCCUACUGGUCCAGAGAGUUCCUCAUACACUCCGGCUAGCAGGGACAGUGCUGUGAUGCGUUACAAGGAAAAGAAGAAGGCACGCAAGUUUGAGAAAAAAAUUAGGUAUGAAUCUAGGAAAGCAAGGGCAGAUGUCAGGCGGCGUGUGAAGGGACGGUUUGUUAAGGCAGGUGAAGCUUAUGAUUAUGAUCCACUCUGCUAGACAAGAAGCUAUUGAUAGCAACCCAACAUCAUACUUAGUGUAAGAGUUGCUUUCAGCCGAUAAAUAUUUUGGGAUACUCCAGACUGAUACAUACCAUUCCCUUGAAUUAAUAUGCCCAUCGGUUAAUCAAAAAUGAAAAAGGAGAAAAAAAGAAAAAGAAGAAGAAAGAAGAAAGAAAGUGGACAAGAGGAUAAAAAAAACAAAGGUUGCAAUAGCUGGCUCAGAAUUCUUGAAGUAGUCAUUCCAGAAAAAUUUGCUGAGGCAUGCAGCUGCAUCAUGGUCAACUCAGCUCCCUGAAGGCCCAGCAUUAUAGUAGUCUGUUCUUCCUCUUUUCUAUUUGAUGGAGCAUGCAUUUUCUAUAAUUUUGGACAACAAUGCAUUAAGCCACAAUUCCAGUACGUAUGAACAGGUAUCCAUUUUGGUUCGCCGGUCCUCCUUCCUAUCUCACGACCUCUUCAUCUUCUCCUCAUUUUUGCUGACUCCAACGGUGGAUCCAGUUUUUAUGCCUUGCCCUGUGCAGAGCACUCCUACCAACUUUGGCUUUACUUAAGAACUUGCUAAUUUCUUUCUUCUGUAGUCUGUAUACAGUCUGUUGUAACUGAGAGAGUUCCCUUUGUAUUUAUUCACAUCUGAAAAAGAAUUACUUAUGUAACUGAAGGCUUGGAAAAGCUGUAAAGUUGGUCUUUUUUUUCCUUUGACUAUAGAAAAUACUGUAAUUGAAGCUCUGUAGAUCUCUGUUAAUGCUAUAGCCUUGUUAUUCAUUUGUUUC